UAAAAAUCAAGUAUAUAAUGUUUCUCGAUAUUUCGAAACUCGAAGUCUUAAAAUGAACGCCUUGCUCAUUUUACAAUUUGUGUCAUUUUGGUUAAAUUUUGUAAAUAAGUGGAAAGUCGGUCUGGGUAAUAAUUGUCCCGAUCCAGAUGAUGGACAUGUGUCAUGGUGGAUUUUGUACCAGCAGAAGUCCUUGCCAUUCCUCCACUUCUACGCCGAUAGUCGAAACAAUCAGGAGAUAAAGCUUCAUUUUCCUGAGAGAAAAGAAAGUGUCCUUGCAAAAGCAAUCAAUAAAAUUUUAGUUGGAGAAUUGGAUCACUUCAUCGUAUAUUCAAACGAUCUUCUAAAUGUUGCAAAGUUAGCGAAGGCAAUGCGUGUUCCAAGUUUUCUAAAAUGGAACCACGGUAUCAUUGCUAUGGAUUCCUCCUUGUCAAGGGGAUUUUGGAUUCUUCACAACAAUCUCUUUUUCCCGCCCUUUAGUGAAAAUAAGUUUGUUGAGCCUGGUGGGAAGGUCUGGAAAGAAACUACUAUUGGAGAUACAACUGAUAAUGUGUUUUACAUAUGCAUAUCAGCAGGAAGUGAAGAGAGGAUAAGACAAGUGCUUACAAGUAUGUUAGCUGGAAAUGCGUUUUUCCUUCACAGCAAUCCACCCACCUUAUUUCAAUCUGAAACGUACAUCAAAUCACGCAAUGAACACACAUUAUAUCAUGAAGGCGGAGAGCCAUUUCCAUUUAUGAAUUGUCUUUUUGACCCAGAGUCAAAACAAAAGACAAGCUGUUUGUUCCAAUUUUCAUCCGGAGUUAACCCGUCUGAAAGAGUAUAUGUAUACACAAGACCAAGGGGCCCCAUCGCAGGAGCAAAUUCCUUUUGCUAUUCUUCAGGAUUUAAUCAUGGUCAGGGGUUGCUGUCUCUGUCAAAAUCAAAUCUUGAAAUGGUUAACGAUUUUAGUUCCAUGGAUACCGUCUUUGCAUUAUCGAACGACCCUUCCUCUGAUGCGUACGGUACCACUUGUUUCGGACAGGAUGUGGCAGCAUACACAGACAUAGUCACAGUCAUGGUGUGCCUAAAACUGCCUUCUCUUCAUAGAGACCUGCUGCGAGCCUCAACUGUUACCAAAUCGAUAUGUAGCAAUAAUAGAUAAAAUGUAACCGUUUAAAUAUAACGUCAAGAUGACUUGGAAAAUCGCAGCGGACAUUUAAAGGGCUAUCGUUAAUGAAUACAGAACCAUGCAUGCAUUUUUUCUUCUACUACAGUCAGUUCAAGCAUAUUUUUACAACAUACAUCAUUGUAUAGCAUAGCAUUGAAUGUCAUAGCAUAGCAUUGGAAUCUCAUACCAUAACAUUGGAACCCCAUACCAUAGCUUACAAUCUCAUAGAUUCAAAUUCGUCAUAGAAUACCAUAGCAUUAGCAUAGCAUACAGCAUGAUUUUAACUCGGUUUUAAAUGUUUUUAAUUAAAAGAAUAAAUGUACCAGUUCACAUUGCAGAUUAGCUGUAAACUUUGUCUUCUUAAUAUUUUACUUCGAAAUGUUUGGAACCCUUAUGUGUAUGGAGGCGUUUUUGUUCAAACCUCAUGGCAAAGCAUACCAUAGCAUACCGUAUCAUUAUUCCCUUUAUUUCAAUUUAUUAUAGCACAACAUACAAUUUCUCAUUGCAUUGAAAUCUCAUAGCAUAUCAUUAAAAUCGCAGACCAAAAAAUUGUAAAAGAUGUGCAUGAAAUGACUGUAUAUGCAUAGCUGAAAUUCAUUUUAUUUUGAGACUUCCAAUAAAAAACAGAGCAGAUCUUUAAAACCUUGACGUUAUUC